AUAGAGAGAUUUUAGAUGCAUAUAUGCGGAGUAUAGAACCUCUCUCUGUGUCGUCGGGUUAAAAGCCAUGGUGCGUGAUAAGAAGAUGAAACCUGUAAGAGCAACAUCGACUUUGGGACCGGUGGAUAAACUGGAAAUCAAGCGUUUGAGCAACGCGGAGCGGUCGGCUUACUUCUCAAGGAGAGAGGCAGCGAAGGUGUUACGGAGCGUUCUGGAAGGCGAUGCCCGUCGCCGUGCCGUCGGCUCCAUCAAAUCGCUAGUUUUCCGGCCAUCUAUCAGGAACAAGAAGGGCACUUUUGCUCUGGUCUGUCAAACGCUCAAGCACCUUGUUAUUAUAAAGGAUGUCUUGGAGGCUUCUAGCAUUCUGAAAGGCAAGUGGAAGAGGCAAGCGGAAUUGAUUUACAUUAUCACAUAUGACAUUCUUUUUGGCCAGGCGGUUUCACUAGUUGGGGAUGCUGAGAAGUUUCUGAUGCAAUGGAAAGAUGAUCUACAGUUAGCUCUAGCACGGCUGUUAGUUAAGGAAAAAGUGAAGACCGUUGAAGACUUGGUGAAUCUUUAUCAAAUUCCCGAAGUUUCAAAACCUCGUUAUGUUCGUGUAAAUACUCUGAAAAUUGAUGUUGAUUCUGCCUUACUUGAAUUAGGGCGACAAAACAUGGUUCAAAAGGAUGAUGUGGUUCCUGACUUGUUGAUACUCCCACCAGCUACUGACUUGCAUAAUCAUCCUCUGGUCAUGAACGGAAGUGUCUUUUUACAAGGGAAGGCAAGUUCCAUGGUGGCCACAGCUCUUGAUCCUAAACCAGGAUGGGAGGUUCUCGAUGCAUGCUCAGCCCCAGGAAACAAAACCGCCCACCUUGCUGCUCUUAUGCGAGGAAAGGGGAAGAUUAUAGCAUGUGAGCUGAAUAAGGAGAGGGUUAAACGUCUAAAAGAGACUAUCAAACUUUCUGGUGCCUCUAAUAUAAAAGUUCUGAAUGGAGAUUUCUUGAACAUCAACCCAAAGGAUCCAUCGGUCUCGACGAUCCGUGCCAUUCUUUUAGAUCCUUCAUGCUCUGGCUCUGGGACAGUCUCUGUGAGAUUGGACAAUCUGCUCCCAUCUUAUGCUGCAGCUGAUGUUAAGGACACUGAAAGAUUGAACAAGCUUGCGGCUUUCCAGAAAAAAGCUCUCGCUCAUGCAUUAUCUUUUCCAGCAGCUGAAAGAGUGGUGUACAGCACAUGUUCCAUUCACCAAAUUGAAAAUGAAGAUGUCAUCGAAUCUGUUCUCCCCCUUGCUGCCUCCUAUGGCUUUCAACUAGCAACUCCCUUCCCCCAGUGGCAACGCCGUGGUCUCCCAGUUUUUCAAGGCUCACAACAUUUACUGCGAACUGACCCUGCUGAGGAUGGAGAAGGCUUCUUCAUUGCUUUGUUUACCAAGGAGGACAACAUUAAUCACUUUGAAAAGCAAGCAAUUUGCAACACUUCUGAAGCUCUUUCCAGGGAUAACUGCAGUGAUCGAUUACUCGACAGGAAGAAAAGAUGUGUGAUACCUUAUGUCGGUACUAGAUUGUUUCAGAUAUGGUUGCAUGCAAAACAGGAUUGGCCCCAAAAGAAACAGAAACAUUUUCAAAGCAAGUGAUUUGAAUAGAGCAACCAUCGGCGUCUUUUAAGAUUGAAAAUACAAUUCAGCUCUAGGUCAAAUUUUCUUCUCGGAAUUGAUGAUGGUGCCAGAUUAUUUUUUUGUCCGAAGUUCUCAUGUAUAACUGUGAAGGAAAAUGAUGCAACACGAGGAUUUUUACCGA